AAUUGUUGUUGUUGUUUUUUCUUUGUGUGCAUCGACUGCAAUAAAAAAGCCGGAAAAAAUGGAGAUAAAAUUGUUUAUUUCCAUAAUUUUCCUUCUCAUAGGAUGUCAAGCGACUCUCGGAGGUUAUACUUACACGACAAAGACCUUCGAAGUGCCUUUGGAUCACUUUUCCUUCGUAAACAACAAAACUUUUCACAUCCGUUAUUUGGAGAACAACACUUUUGCCGGCGAAUCUUCAGGUCCAAUAUUUUUCUACACGGGAAAUGAGGGCGACAUCGAGUUAUUUGCCGAAAACACGGGCCUAAUGUGGGAACUUGCUCCCAAGAUGAAAGCUUCUUUAAUUUUCGCCGAGCAUCGGUAUUACGGCAAAUCGCUGCCUUUUGGGAACGAGUCUUUUUCGGGACCCGAAAAACUUGGUUAUUUGUCGGCGGAACAAGCGUUGGCUGAUUAUGCGGAUUUGUUGGCGGCGAUAAAUCCCGAAGGACGUCCCGUGAUCGCAUUCGGCGGAUCUUAUGGCGGAAUGUUGGCUGCUUGGUUUCGCAUGAAAUAUCCGCAUCUCGUGACAGGAGCUCUGGCAGCGUCGGCUCCCGUGCGUCAAUUCGAGGUCGAAUGCGAUAUUUUCAACAGAAUUCUCACGAGUGUCUACAAAACGUCGUACAACGAGAAUUGCAGCAAAAAUAUCGCCAAAGUUUGGGACACGAUGAAGCAACAAAUGGCAAAUGACAAGUCCAAACAAGAUUUUAACGCGAAAUUUAAAUUUUGCAAAUUUUUGAACACGACACAGGAGUUGGAUGAAUUUUUCGAUUAUUUGAACGACGUUUUGGGAAAUCUCGCAAUGGUCAAUUAUCCGUACGAAAGUUCAUUUUUAGCGCCUUUGCCGGCAUAUCCCGUUCGUCAAUUCUGUUACGAGUUGAAGGAAGAUUUGACGUUGAACGGAACUCUCUUGCUUGACGCCUUUCAUCGCGCUUUGAACGUUUAUUCGAAUUUCACGGGAAAAACUAAAUGUCUUGACAUUGCUUCCGCUUACGAUUCGAGUAUGGGAGAUGCCGGUUGGAAUUUCCAAUCUUGCACGGAAAUGACAUGGUCCAAUUGUCAAAAUGGCACAACCGACAUGUUUCCGCCAAAAGCGUGGAAUUUCCAGGAAUAUUCGGAUGAAUGUUUCAAGAAAUUUCAGGUUAGGCCGAAAAAUUACUCGAGAAUGGCGCCCGGCGAGAUUCGUUAUGGCGGCGGAAAUUUAGCUGGAGCAAGCAAUAUUAUUUUUUCGAAUGGGCUUUUGGAUCCGUGGAGUGGCGGCGGCAUUUUUAACGAUCAACCGGGCAUUCUGGUUGUUGUGAUUCCCGAAGGAGCUCAUCAUUUGGACUUGCGUGCGUCACACAAAGAUGAUCCGGAGUCAGUUACGGAGGCACGGAGACUCUAUGUGAAGCAGUUCAAGAAAUGGAUUGACAGAAAUAGGAAAUUUAAAAAUGUCAAGAGAAAGUGAAUCUCAUAAAAAAAAAAUUUUUUCGGAGGCAAAAAAAAUAUUGUAGAGAUUUAAAAUAAAAGCUUUGCAUGAAAAGUAAACAAUUUAUUACAACAUGAAAUUAUUGGACUUUUUAUAACGUACCUA